AAAACCUUCAACGUGUAAAGCCGAUACUGAUAUAAAAACUGAAUCAGCUUUGGAAGUGACCAAAACUGAAACACAAGAAAAAGAAUUAGAAUUCGAAGAGAAACCAACUUUGCCAAAACAAAAAUUAAAAUCUAAAAUUGAUGUUAAAAAGAAUCGUGGCUUAUCAAUUGAAAGACAAAACCUUUAUGAAAGUCCUGAAUUUAUUGAUAUUGAAAAACCUUCAACGGGUAAAGCCGAUACUGAUAUAAAAACUGAAUCAGCUUUGGAAGUGACCAAAACUGAAACACAAGAAAAAGAAUUAGAAUUCGAAGAGAAACCAACUUUGCCAAAACAAAAAUUAAAAUCUAAAAUUGAUGUUAAAAAGAAUCGUGGCUUAUCAAUUGAAAGACAAAACCUUUAUGAAAGUCCUGAAUUUAUUGAUAUUGAAAAACCUUCAACGUGUAAAGCCGAUACUGAUAUAAAAACUGAAUCAGCUUUGGAAGUGACCAAAACUGAAACACAAGAAAAAGAAUUAGAAUUCGAAGAGAAACCAACUUUGCCAAAACAAAAAUUAAAAUCUAAAAUUGAUGUUAAAAAGAAUCGUGGCUUAUCAAUUGAAAGACAAAACCUUUAUGAAAGUCCUGAAUUUAUUGAUAUUGAAAAACCUUCAACGGGU